UCGGAUUGCCUGUCAAUCAUUCUAAAAAUGCUGCGGACCUUCCCUGUCUGCACUUUCAGCGAGUGUUCCAACCGCAUCCCGACAGGCGAACACGGGCACUGCAGGCUCAACCAACAAUGAUUUUCGGAUCCUAGGCUAAAGCACUCUCCGUGCAUCUGCAGGAAACCGAGAGGAAAGGGGUAGAGAGAGAAUCCUACGUACCCAACCAGCGCGAGAAAGAGAGCGAGUCCGAGUGAGUGCAGAGCGAGAGAGAGACGAGAGGAGAGGCAAGUAGGUUUGUGGAGUAAAAAAACAACGGCUGGACCUGCAAAGAUCAAGAGGAUUGUUUGUUAUUCUCGGAAUAACCGCAACUGGCUUAUUUGUAAAGUGUUUUUUUUUGCCAAUCAAAAUGUCAUCGUCUGGGAAAGACAACAGUGGUGCUCAACAUGCCAAUUACGUGGGACCGUAUCGCUUGGAAAAGACGCUCGGCAAAGGACAGACAGGCCUGGUCAAGCUGGGGAUCCACUGUGUCACAUGCCAGAAAGUUGCAAUUAAGAUUGUCAACCGAGAGAAACUCAGCGAGUCGGUACUAAUGAAGGUUGAGCGGGAAAUAGCGAUUCUGAAGCUCAUAGAACAUCCUCACGUUUUAAAGCUGCACGACGUCUACGAAAAUAAGAAAUACUUAUAUCUGGUGUUAGAGCACGUCUCAGGGGGAGAGCUCUUUGACUACCUGGUAAAGAAGGGACGGUUAACACCCAAGGAGGCCAGGAAGUUCUUCAGACAGAUCAUCUCUGCGCUGGACUUCUGCCAUAGUCACUCCAUAUGCCACAGAGAUUUGAAGCCAGAAAACCUGUUGUUAGAUGAGAAGAACAACAUCAGGGUAGCAGACUUUGGCAUGGCCUCUCUACAGGUCGGCGACAGUCUGCUGGAGACCAGCUGUGGAUCUCCGCACUAUGCAUGCCCAGAGGUUAUAAGGGGGGAGAAGUAUGACGGCAGAAAAGCAGACGUGUGGAGCUGUGGGGUCAUCCUCUUUGCCCUAUUGGUGGGUGCCCUUCCAUUUGAUGAUGACAAUCUGAGGAACCUGCUGGAGAAGGUGAAGCUGGGAGUGUUCCACAUGCCCCACUUCAUACCCCCAGACUGUCAGAACCUCCUCCGGGGCAUGAUCGAGGUAGACGCCACCAAACGGCUAACGUUAGAACAGAUUCAGAAGCACAACUGGUACAUAGGGGGUAAGAAUGAACCCGAGCCAGAGCAGCCUGUUCCCAGGAAGGUGGCUAUACGGAGCCUGCCCUCUACAGACGACAUAGAUCCGGAUGUACUGGACAGUAUGCAUUCUCUGGGCUGCUUCAGAGACAAGAACAAACUGAUGAAGGACCUGCUCUCAGACGAAGAUAACCAGGAGAAGAUGAUCUACUUCCUGCUGUUGGACCGUAAGGAGAGGUACCCCAGCCACGAGGACCAGAACCUGCCCCCACGCAAUGAGAUUGACCCCCCCAGGAAGCGUGUGGACUCCCCCAUGCUGAACCGCCAUGGCAAAAAGAGACCGGAGAGGAAGUCUAUGGAGGUGCUGAGUGUCACAGACGGAGGCUCCCCCGUACCCGCCAGGAGGGCCAUCGACAUGACACAGCACGGACAGAGUUCCUCAGUGUUUCUAAGAAGUUCUUACCUAUGCAAGUCGCAACCUUAAUUCAGCCGAGAGGACAGGUCAAGGUCCAUAAGUGGAGCAUCUUCCGGUCUCUCCACUAGCCCUCUCAGCAGCCCACGGGUUACCCCUCACCCAUCCCCCCGGGGCAGCCCCCUCCCCACCCCCAAGGGCACCCCUGUGCACACACCCAAGGAGAGCCCGGCGGGCACGCCCAACCCCACGCCGCCCCCCAGCCCAUCUAUCGGCGGCAUGCCCUGGAGGACACGCCUCAACUCCAUCAAGAACAGCUUCCUGGGCUCGCCACGCUUUCACCGCAGGAAACUACAAGUUCCCACACAAGAGGAGAUGUCCAGCCUCACACCAGAGUCUUCCCCAGAACUUGCCAAAAAAUCCUGGUUUGGUAACUUCAUCAACCUGGAUAAAGAGGAGCAGAUCUUUAUCUUGAUCAAGGACAAGCCUCUGAGCUCCAUCAAGGCUGACAUCGUCCAUGCCUUUCUCUCGAUCCCUAGUCUCAGCCACAGUGUGAUCAGCCAGACGAGUUUCCGGGCAGAGUACAAGUCCACAGCCGGCCCCACAGUCUUCCAGAAGCCAGUCAAGUUCCAGGUGGACAUCACCUACACAGAGAGCACUGCCGCCCCCAAGGAGAACGGCAUCUAUUCUGUCACCUUUACCCUGCUCUCAGGACCCAGCCGGCGCUUCAAGCGGGUGGUAGAGACAAUUCAGGGCCAGUUGCUAAGCACACAUGACCAGCCCGGAGUUCAGCAGCUUUCUGAGGAGAAGAACGGCCAGGUGCCUCACUACCAACCCCCCGCUACCCCAACCACCCGACAUUGCUCCUCUUCCAUGCGAGAAGAUACAAAAUGUCCGCCCGCCACGGGCCGAGACAGAGUCAGGAUGGCGUCCAUUGGGACACUGGAGGAAUCCUAGACCAGGAAACUGUAGUAGCAAUAGAGCCAAAAUGUUAGUUAGAGCUAAGAUGAAGCAUUAAAGAUCCGAACCCGAGUAUCACUUUACCCAUUCUUAUCAGGGGUUUUGGAAAAGUGGUCAGAGACUUGACAAUGACAAAGCUAGCAGUACUGUAACUGAACAUACCCUCUUUGGACUCAAUAUACUUUUUGUAUGAAGGAAUGACUGUGUACAUAUAGAGAAUUUGAAUCAAACAGAUAUUUUACCAAACCCACACACAAUCUCCCCUCUCCUUAACAUAACCCCCCAAACACACACACACACACACCUCACAUCACCCCAUCUAAGCGUCCGUGCCAUUUUGUGUGCUCCCCCUCCCCCACUCUUUUGAUCACAUAUUGGCACUGUUCGAAUACUUCAUAAAUACAUCCUUGAAGUAAUCACAGAUCUGACUUGUUUAGAUUGGUGAAAGUAGUAGGGUGGUAACCUUGCUUACAUCUAUCCAAUCACUGUGCUUACCUCAAGGAAACGAGGAAGGAAGGAUCCAUUUCUGUAUUAGUACAGGGCCAUUGUGUUCUCUCUCCUCUGCUCACCUGUGUGAUGACUUGACUUGUUUCUACUACCAGGAAUUAUCCAGAAAACCUAUUAGAUCCUCCUCCUGCCUCCCUGCUCCACUUCGCCUAUCCUCUCCCUCCUUGGCCAUCACUUCAACCCCCCUGUCUGCACACCAAGAGAUGGACAUUUGUUGACUGAGCUGGGGACCGCUUUUCAAGGGGCUUCCUUCACUACCCUGAGCAGCAGUCCCUGAGGGAGAAAACAGCAAUCCAUAUCUCUCUGAUACACAAGCAUAUUAUACACAUACAAAUGCACACACACACUUUCCACCCGCCUACUAACCUCUCCUAUCCCCUCAUAUAAAUGGAGAUUAUUAAGCAUUUAACACCCAAACACACAAUCUCAUUACACAAAUAAAUACAUGCUCCCCUUCUCACACACUAUUGCACAGUAUGCAUAGACAAACUCUGGGAUGUUAUAACAAGAACAAAAAAAAUGACAGAACAAUGAAGUGACCAAGAGGAGAAGCGAAGGAGGAUGAGUUUGUUGAUAUACUGUAGUAUCAACAGCCGACGCGGACGCUUGCUGGAUUGUAUCGUUUCUCUUUUUAAUGUACUUCCUCUUUCUUUGUGAAGAAACUGGAUUUAAAAAUACUAAAUGGACGUCUAUUAGACUCAAUGCCAUUGCUGCAAAUUGACUGGAAUUGCUAUUUCAGAAAGCAAGGGGUGUA